CUCACUUUUCCCUCUCAACUUCUAAAAGGAUCUUAAACAGUCCAUACGUUUUCCCAUCGAAUGCGAGUUUCUCGAGCCAUAAUGCGGAAAAGCUUAUCAAAUCAUUCAAUUUAAUGCCUAAGUAUGAUGUCAAUGUCAUCCCAAAAGGUAGUCCCGAUGCUCCGAGACUUGUUGAGAGCCAAAUUGAUUUUCCGGCGACAAUUGGUGUCCAAAACGCUUCUGGUGGUCCUUCUGUCCAAGAGUUUGGCCACUACGCCGGCUAUUACAGCCUCCCUCAUUCAAAAUCAGCGAAGAUGUUCUAUUUCUUCUUUGAGUCACGGAGCAACAGUACCGAUCCCGUUGUGAUCUGGUUAACCGGUGGACCGGGCUGCAGUAGCAGUGUGGCUAUGUUUUAUGAGAACGGUCCGUUCAAGAUCUCAGAGGAUCUGUCUCUCUCUUGGAACGAUUUUGGUUGGGACAAGGUAUCGAAUCUUAUCUACGUGGAUCAGCCAAUUGGGACCGGUUUCAGUUACACAUCUGAUGAAAGCGAUCUCCGACAUGACGAGGCUGGUGUCAGUAAUGAUCUUUAUGAUUUUUUACAGGCUUUUUUUAAAGAGCAUCCAAAAUUCGUAAAGAACGAUUUCUUUAUUACCGGUGAAUCUUACGCUGGUCACUACAUUCCGGCUUUGGCUUCACGUGUUCACAGUGGAAACAAAAAGAAAGAAGGAAUACCAAUCAACCUUAAGGGUUUUGCGAUUGGUAACGGUUUAACCAACCCGGAGAUCCAAUAUGGUGCUUAUGGGGAUUAUGCACUGCAAAUGAAGUUGAUUUCAGAGUCUGACCACGAGAGCCUCAAGCAAGAUUACGUUGAGUGUCAAAAUGUCACCAAAAAAUGCAAUCUUGAUGGUGGUUUAUAUUGUGAUUCUGCUUUUGAUGUUUGCAACAAUAUCUUCAACAUGAUAGCGGCAAAAAAGAGAGGCAUAAAUUAUUAUGACAUUAGGAAGAAAUGUGUGGGAAGCUUGUGUUAUGACUUUUCGAAGAUGGAAAAUUUCUUGAACAAAGAAAACGUACGGAAAGCCUUAGGAGUUGGAGAUAUCAAAUUUGUGUCUUGUAGUAGCACCGUUUAUGAUGCAAUGACAGAGGAUUGGAUGAUUAAUCUUGAGGUCAAGAUUCCGACUCUUGUCAACGAUGGAAUCAAUCUUCUAAUUUAUGCUGGAGAAUAUGAUCUCAUUUGCAAUUGGCUUGGAAACUCGAGGUGGGUAGACCAAAUGAACUGGUCAGGCCAAAAGGGUUUUGGAUCAGCAAAAAACGUACCAUUCUUAGUAGAUGGUAAAAAAGCCGGGUUACUGAAAAAUUAUGGUCCUCUCACUUUUCUUAAGGUUCAUGACGCUGGACACAUGGUUCCGAUGGAUCAACCUAAGGCUUCUCUUCAAAUGCUUCAGAAUUGGAUGCAAGGAAAGCUUAGCACUCCGACUGUUCGGGGAUUUGGUCAAUGAUUCUAAUGUAUAGAACAUUUGAUUUCAAAAUAAUAUGAUAUUAUAAGCUUUCAUCUACAACUAGAUAUGUCCUUGUAGUUUUGAAACUAUUUUCGAUGCUUAACCAUGAUUGGUUGUUUUGGGACUGUUGCCAUAACCUUAUAUUUCUCAUCCUUUGAAAUUUGUUGCCAUAAACCCCAAAACUCUUA